AUGUGCUGGAGGUGGCGGACACUUGGCCAGUGCACCGGGCAUGGGGCGAGCCGUGGUGAUGAGGUGCGGGAGUCGACACCCGUCGCAACCGAAUAUGAGUCCUUCAUGUACGGAGAACGCCGUGCAGACCGGCUACUGGUCUCGCCGGAGGAGACAGGGGGGAUCCACCACCUGGUCUACCGUGCUCCGUGCUCCGUCCUCCGUACUCCGUACGCCGUGUACCGGGUCAGGCCUACGGAUCGAUCGAUGCUGGCGCUGACGGGAACGGCUGGUCUCGGUCAUGACCGGUCCCUGAACCUGGACCUGAACUGCACGCUGCGCCCCUGA